CCUCCAUACAUAUCUCCGGGGCGCCCCCCUUUCCCCCUCCCCCUUUCACCAACCUACCCCUAAAAACUUUUUAUUUUUACAAUGAAGAAAAACUACUUGAGUGUUGAGAAAGAACAUAUUCCAUCUUUUUCAUCUACAGAGGAACUUAUGCAAUAUAUCAAAACAAAUUCAUCAAGGGCUCAAGGGAAAUAUCAAGGGCUUAAAUCUAUGUGCCCAAUUGAAGAUAUGAAAAUGAGGAGCGAUCUUUCAAUCAAAGUGAUCGUUGUGUUAGUCAAAGUAUGUCAAAACCUUCUGAUGCUCAAGGAUGGCGACAAUGAAUAAAACGUGUUUGACUUCUGAGAAAGGGCAUAAGCAAGCUGAUGUUCCAAUUUCUCUUUUUACUGAUGAUGUUAUGGAGUCCACCCCAACAUUUGAAACAAGUUUUUCUCAAGGAUUGCGAACAAUGAAUAAAAAGUUUUUGACUUUUGAGAAAGAGCAUAUGCAAACCGAUAGUGUUAGGGAGCCCACCCCAACAUUUGAAACAAGUUCAUGUGCUACUGGAAUGGAUAAAAAGGUUUGAGGAAGUAACAAGUGCAAAGAAGUUGCAUCGCUUGAUAUUGGACAAAAGCUAAAAGUGACAUUGUACAAUAAUCGAACUGUUGGGAAGAAUAGUAAUCUAUUUUCGAGGCACUUGGGUAAAACAGUUCGUGAUCGUAAUAUAUGUCCGUUAGGAAUAUCAUCAUGGAAACACAUUAAGGAGGAAAAGCUAAAUCACAUGUGGGCUGUUGUUAAGGAUAAAUUUGAUAGUGAUGACAUAAAUAGUCAUCGAGAUCAUGUUUUGGAAUGGAUGAAAGAGUUAUGGAAUAAAUGGAGAGGUCAAUUGCAUGCAAAGUAUGUGAAGGGUAAGCCUAUACAAGAGGCUCUUAAGAAUAUGCCUAAGGAGGUAGAAAAGAAGCAAUGGGAGUGGUUGGUAACAGAACAUUUUACUUCAAAAGGUUUUCAGGUGAGAAGCAAUAGAAAUGCAAUAAAUAGAGCUAAGUUGAAGAUGCUUCAUCAUAUUGGUAGCAAGCCAAUUAGAGAGAUUAUUUAUCAAAAGGGCGGAAAAUAUGGAAAUUCAUCAGAUUUGGCAACUAGCUUUUACGAGACUCGCAAGAAGAAUAACACACUUAUUGAUUCUGAAACAAUCGAGAAGCAUGCUCAAAUUCAAGAAUUGGUGGAGUCUGAAUCAUCACUUUCUAGCAUAGAAAUUGUUGAGAAAUGCUUUGGACCUCAAAGUAGUAGUCAUGUAUUUGGCUUUGAAGGUGGCGUAAAAGCAAGAGAUUUGAAAGGUGGGGCUUCCUCAAAGGCUUAAUUGUUGGCUGAGCUACGUUCAACUCAAAAAGAGAAUCAGUCUUUGAAGGAUUGCAUGUCUAACUUUCAAAAUGAGAUGAAAGAACUAAAGCAAUUGAAAAGAAUUUUUUUAGCGCAAGACGCUAAUUUCCAGCCUCCAAUUCAAGAGUGUGACUAUUCGGAUACUUGAUGAUACUAUAGAAAAUGGAAUUUUGGCCAUUUAAGGAUUUUCAAGUGAUGAUAACAAACUCAGUUAGAACAUAUUUUGGAUGCUGAAAUUUGCAAAAAGUUGAUGUUAAACAACAUGUAGAUUGACCAUUUUUUGCUGGGAAGGUGAAGGCAACUUUGGAUUAUAUAGUUUAAGGCUAGUAUAUAAUUUUUUUGCUAAGGGUUCAUGAUCACAAUAUUGUUACUAGCUUACCUCAGUGUUGUAUGUAGUUAGAUGCCUUAUACUCACAUUAUUUUAUAAUUACAUUAUAUAUUAUAUAUGAAAGUGACAAUUUUAUAUUAA